GUAAAUAAUGUUGAACUUAACAGAGUAGAAAAUCGAAUCAUUGGUUUGAAGAGACUGAAGUCUCUUGAUCUGAGCCACAAUGUCAUCCGUACGUUACCAGUGGCCAUGAAUAGGAUGCAGUGCCUAACAGAGUUGCAUCUUAGUCACAAUAGUCUUAAAGAGAUUGAUCAUCGUGUUUUUACAGGGAAACUCUCCAGAACUCUCAGACGUCUUGAUCUUUCUAAUAAUGAACUGGAGUUGUUGCCGGUUACGCUUAAAUUUUUGGAGGGGCUUGUCAACUUGAAUGUUAGUUCCAACAAGCUUAGGUAUCUUCCGUUAUCAUUGGAUAGACUGCAGGCCCUCAAGUUCCUCAGUGCAAGUCAUAACAAACUAGAAGUAUUACCAGCCACAUUAGUUCACCUUCAGCUAGAAGAGAUGGAUAUUUUUGGCAAUUCCUUUAUUGAUGGGGAUAAUAGAGACCGGCUGAAUCUUGUCCCUGUCAGCAAAUCUCAUGGAAGUUUUCCACGCUUGAAGGAAAUUGCUGCUUUGAGCUGCAUGCGUAACGGGUUACGUCCGACAGCAGCCGACAUUCCAUCAACAUUAGCAGACUACCUAUACUCUUGGCUGAAGUGCUUAUGUGGAGGGUUUUGCUACGAGUCACAUACCCUUGCUUAUGUCUCUCUUGAUGUGAGAAAGAUAGCUCACUCAAUCUCAGUUAGUGUUAGUAAUCAUGUCGCUGCAAUGGCCACACUUUGCUCGAAAAGAUGCUGUGAUAGAUACUGUAAAAGAUGACCCACUUGUUCAAUUUUGUAUCAUUUUAUUUACCCAAUGAUCAAGUUUGAUGUUGCUUAAACGUUAUCCUUUAGUUUACAUUUUCAUUCAUUGCAGGUUUAUUAUGUUUUGCAUAUAAUGUCUUGAACUUUAUAAGUUUUGAUGAUAAAAUUACUUUUUGAUAGUUUUUUAAGUACAGUAUAUCUUUUAUCUACAUUCAUUUACAUUGUUUUUACUAUUGUUACUUUCAUGGUAUUACUAUAUACCCUUCAUGUUGCAUGGUGUAGUGUUUUUAUUUAUAUUUUCAUAUCAAUAAAUGUUGGUUUUGAUAUAUC